AUGGAAUCACCAGAGGAGCCUGGAGCAUUCAUGGAUGAAAACUACUUUGUGAACUACACUUUCAAAGAUCGGUCACACUCAGGCCGUGUGGCUCAGGGCAUCAUGAAACUGUGUCUGGAGGAAGAGCUCUUUGCUGACGUCACCAUUUCAGUGGAAGGCCGGGAGUUUCAGCUCCACCGGCUGGUCCUCUCAGCUCAAAGCUGCUUCUUCCGGUCCAUGUUCACGUCCAACCUGAAGGAGGCCCACAACCGGGUGAUUGUACUGCAGGAUGUCAGUGAGUCUGUUUUCCAGCUCCUGGUUGAUUAUAUCUACCAUGGAACUGUGAAACUUAGAGCUGAUGAGCUGCAGGAAAUUUAUGAGGUGUCAGAUAUGUACCAGCUGACAUCUCUCUUUGAGGAAUGUUCUCGGUUUUUGGCCCGCACAGUGCAGGUGGGGAACUGCCUUCAGGUGAUGUGGCUGGCAGAUCGGCACAGUGAUCCUGAGCUCUACACUGCUGGCAAGCACUGUGCCAAGGCCCACCUCGCCCAGCUGCAGGACACAGAGGAAUUUCUCCAUUUGCCCCACCACCUACUCACUGAUAUCAUCUCUGAUGGAGUUCCAUGUUCCCAGAACCCAACAGAGGCAAUAGAAGCCUGGAUCAAUUUUAAUAAAGAGGAAAGAGAAUCUUUUGCCGAGUCACUCAAGAGUAGCUUGAAGGAAAUUGGGGAGAACGUGCACAUUUAUCUGAUCGGGAAAGAGUCAUCUCGUACCCACUCCCUGGCUGUGUCCUUGCACUGUGCUGAAGAUGACUCCAUCAGUGUACGUGGCCAAAACAGUCUGUGCCACCAGAUCACUGCAGCCUGCAAGCACGGCGGAGACCUGUACGUGGUAGGAGGGUCCAUCCCACGGCGCAUGUGGAAGUGUAACAAUGCCACCGUGGACUGGGAGUGGUGUGCGCCCUUACCCCGGGACCGGCUCCAGCACACCAUGGUGUCCGUGCCCGGGAGAGAUGCUAUAUAUUCACUGGGUGGCAAGACGCUGCAGGAUACCCUCUCCAACGCCGUUAUCUAUUACCAGGUAGAUUAUAACAUCUGGAUAGAGACAACACAGCUAGAGGUGGCUGUGUCAGGGGCCGCUGGAGCCAAUCUCAACGGGAUUAUCUACCUACUAGGGGGGGAGGAGAAUGACCUGGACUUCUUUACCAAACCUUCCCGCCUCAUCCAGUGCUUUGAUACAGAGACAGACAAGUGCUACAUGAAGCCCUAUGUGCUGCCCUUUGCCGGCCGCAUGCAUGCAGCUGUGCAUAAGGAUCUGGUGUUCAUCGUGGCCGAAGGGGACUCCCUGGUUUGCUACAAUCCCCUGCUAGACAGCUUUACCCGGCUUUGCCUUCCUGAGGCCUGGACCUCCACCCCACCCCUCUGGAAGAUCGCCAGCUGUAAUGGGAGCAUUUAUGUUUUUCGGGAUCGAUAUAAAAAGGGGGAUGCCAACACCUACAAGCUUGACCCUGCCACUUCAACUAUAACAGUCACCAGAGGCAUUAAGGUGCUGCUCACUAAUUUGCAGUUUGUGUUGGCAUAA